AUGUCAAAUCAAAGUGGCAAUGUGUUGUAUCUCGUUUUUGGUGCUCUUGCCAGCUUAUUUUCCACGUUUAAAGUGAUUCAAACACGCCGAAAGUUACAACAAUCUCGACAAACUCCCGUUUCACUAACGGAAGCUAUUGUACACACGGCAUUUGACACAAUUGAUGUCUUCUCAAAGGAAUACCAAAAGAUUUCAAAUGUUGUUGAACAGAGAAUGCUUCAAUUACAAGCACCAUCAUUGAAUGGAAAUAGAGUGUUUGCAAUUCAAGACGAAAAUCACUCUUCUCUAAGAAAAGCUUUACCACCACCAUCAUCAUCAGCAAGAGCUUUACAAUCAUCACCCAAUGUUUCAAUUGUUAAAUCAUCAUCAUCAUUGAAUGAUAAUAAUAAUUAUGGACAGUUAUUGCAACAAAAAAGUCAGCCUUCUCCAACGAAUACGAAACAAUCGUUUCCGAACUAUGAAUUUUCUCCUUCUACACAUUUUGUAUCAACACUUUCAACACAUGAUCCCAUGUUAGCCUCUAUACCUGAUCAUCACCAAAUUAGAAAAUAA